CGCCUUUUGCUUUGUUGAUGUUUCACUUAGUUUUAAUGCGCAGUUCCCAAGAUGGAGGCAGCGCUGGGGCCACGGGAGUUGCUCGGGCUGAUGGCAGGGCUCCUUCUGCUGCCUCCGAGCCUUUUCGCCCCGAAUCCGACAGCCGCCUUCUCCCAGGUGGUAAGCCAGGAAGACAUCAAGAUUAAAGUAAAUAUACUGGAAACCACCGGGGAUAUUCAGGAAAGACAGGUUGUCCUUAAUAUUACUUAUGUGAACGGUCAGGUGUAUGUAAAUGACUUUCCACUGAAGAGCGGAGUCACACGGAUAAAAUGUCAAACUUUAAUCUUGAAGAGUGAAAACCAUGAUACCUUAGGAAUUGUCAGUGUUCGCAUUAUGAUCCAUGAGUGGCCAUUGGCAUCCAGCUCAAACUUGCGAUUAAUUGUUGUUCAAGAAGAAGUGACAGAUAUAGAUGAAAAGCAGGUUAAACAAGACGAAGUGAUAGAAAUAGACCUAUUGGUAAAGGAUCAGCAAGUCCUGAGACAUACAAACUACACCGUUCCUCUGGAGGAAAGUAUGCUGUAUUCCAGCCCAAGGAACAAUGAUAUUUUGUUUACGCUUCCAAACUUUGCAGGAAAAGAUGUUGAAAGUCCUCUACAAACAACCAGUCACUAUCUUCUCAGGCAAGUAGAAACCACUGUGGAUGAACAGACAAUGCCUGGCAAAUUGCCAGAGACUCCACUCCGAACAGAGCCACCGUCAUCUUAUAAGGUGAUGUGCCAGUGGGUAGAAGAUUUGAGAAAGGAGCUUUGUACAUUUUGGCUCAAUUCUUUUCCUGUAUUUUUUAAUUUUAUGGAGGUCAUUGUGGUUGGAGUUGUAGGAGCAACUUUAAUAAUAAAAGUACUAAAAGUGUUUUGUCCCUCAUGUGAAGCCAGGGGAAUCCUUCAACUUGAUGCCAAUGUCAUACCCGUGGCUGCAAUAAGUUUACUUCCAGCUACUCCAGAGAAGAUAAACAACAUAGAGGAGAAAUGUAUUUAAAAACACGAGUACUGUAAUUAUUUGAGUUUGUUGACCUAAUGAACCUGGCACUUGGAUCUUAAUAUAUUACUUAAUUCAGCCUUCCGAAUGUACUGUCCUCUAGACUUUGAGACUACAACCCCCAGUAUUCAUAAAUAAUUGCAGUUCUGACAUAUCUAGAGGACUCUAGUUUGGGAACUGCUGAUGUCACAGCAAUUCUCAGCCUGCUAUUUUUAUUAAAUUUAUGAAUGAUUCAUAUUUAAAGGGCAGUUAAGGCUGACGUCCAGAAUAAUUUUUGGAUUUUUUUUCAUUUCAACCAUUAUAAUUAUUCUUGACUGGGAAAAAAGCAGUUUCCUUACCUAAGGACUUCAAUAAGAUCUGAGUUCUGUGAAGUAAUUGCCUGAUCCCUGAAAUGAUAUCUUCCUUGUAUCUUCCCAAUAUUGGCUGCAGGACACACAAGGCUAAUCCAGGAAAUUUGACUCAGACUAAUGGAACUGAUUAAGUAGCAUCAACAGGAGCAUAGACCUGUGACCAUACUAAAAGCUAUUUUAGGCCUUUAAGCGUGCCUUAUGGGGGAAGUCAAAAUCAAAACGAUUUUCAUACUGCUCUGACAGUAAACGGUGUAAUUUUUGUUUGGAUUUUUCAAAAAUAAUCUUCAUAUUGUAAGCACUUUCAGGGUCUUUCCUACUGAAUUUAUGAACAUUUGUGAAAAUGUACUUCUUAAACAGUUACAAUACACACUACAAAUGUCUUUUAUCCAGGAGUACCAAAUGUCUAAAAGUACUGUAUAAAUCCAGAGCAUUUUUAUAUACCAAUUUGUCAGAUCAUCAGAUCUUAUUGCAAAUUUACAUCUUGAGAUAAACUGGAGACCAUCUUUUUUCAAGUUUGAACAGGGAGCAAAUCUGGAUCUAGCCCAUUGCAUUGGCCAAGUAUUCUUGUGUUCUAGUUGUAGAUAAAUAUUAGGUAGGAUCUUGUGGCUUCAACUGUCCAUAAUGUUUGGGUAUGACUAUAUUACAAACUGUUUGAACUGAGUUUAAGUCACUGUUUCUCAUUUAUCAAAAUCCAUAAUUGGUGUUUGAAAAUGCUGCUGAUCAGGAAAUACUGUAGAGCUCAUGUUUCCUUUCCUGUGUGUAUGAACACUAUGUUAAUUGAUGUUUGGUGAAUGCUGAAAUAAGGUGUUUCAAGUUGUUAGCACAUUUGCUAAAUGAGAGGCAGGGUUCGUUGAAGUUCAUCACUCCAAAAUGAAAUUUACCUAGGACAUUUUUUUCAGUUUUGCUGAUUGUUACCAACACAGGCAUUUAUUUCAUCAGCAAUCAAUAAUAUUGAAAUAACAUUGUAGGAGAACUCAAAGAAGCUGCACAUCACCAAGAAUAAUGCAGUUGCUGCAUCAUACUAUGCUGCCUUAGUGGUACAUUUCAGUGGAAGACACCCCAAAAAGGCAAAUGGCACUAUUGUGCGCUUUGGAAUUGAAUAACUGAAUUGUGGAAGCAAUUAUAUCCAACUGCCUUAAAAUUGUUAUAGAAGACAUCUCAGUUCAACCAAUUGUUGAUAGUCCCAAUGGCAAUAUUGAAAAAGGUGAGCACAGAAUGUCAAAUAAAGGCUGUCAUCCCUUCAGUUAAAAAAAUGUGAAAGCUACUCAAACAGUUGAUGUCACUGUUGAACCACUGCAGCCAGGCGGUGGUGAUACAUUAGAUUGUAUCUAAUACUGAAAUAGGAAAUAAUGGUGCCAUAUUUUUUUAAAAAAAGAGCCUUUUUCCUAGGGCUGAGAGAGAUUGGCUCAGUCAACAGCUGGUUUUGCAUCUAAGGCAGAACUAGAAUCCAUGGUUUCAAGCCCAGUGCCUUUAACCACUAUAUGAACCUCUGUGGCUUACCUAUAUAUGUUCUGACAAGACCAAAAUAUUCACAACUAAUGAUUCUUGGGCAACCAUCAACGUUGACAGAGCUCAGCUUGAGCAACAUCCUAAUUUAAAUAUCUAAGUCAAAAAAAUUGUUUGCCACAGUUGGCAUCAGUCAUCAAAUCAGCCAGACUGUCUCAGCCUUCAAUGUGCAGAUAUGUUGCCCUGGUGAAAAAGCCAAAAUGCAAUUCAUGUAAUAGUGACAAUGUUGUUGUAAAUGGUGCAGAAUCCUGCUUCAAACUAAUUUCAAUUUUUUUUUAAAGCUUUCCAAAUGCCGUGCCUACCAUUUCUAUUAUUGUAUAUUAGGGACUUCAGUCUAUUGACAAAAGGUUACAUGAAACAAAUGCUGCAAUCAGCCUAUAAUAGCGGAUAAGGUUCUGGAGCAUUGCAUGUAAUCAUUUGGGCACAUCUGUGUAACUUAAUACCCACUUUCUUAUUGACUACUCUGGAAAUGAUGCUGUUUAUUGAUUACUCUGGAAAUGAUCAAAUACAUGAUCAGCUCUUAAACUUGGCUGGAAUGUGGAAGUUCUAACAAAACUCAGACUCAAUAAAAGUGAAACAGCUGGGCCAGAGCAAACAAAUAUGGAGAAAUGUGCGGUGAUCUCAAUAAAUACUGAUUACUUAAGCUAAGUACUGAUUAAGCUAUAAAUUACCAGAUGGGAGUUCAGGACUUGAAGGAAGCAAGAUGAGUAGUAUAAAACUUUUCAAGUGAACAUUCUGAGAAAUUGAAAACUUCCAAAGCAUUU